AUACACAAGAGGGCACAAGGCUGACUUGUAACCCAGCUCCCCUCGUCUUCUUUCCAGGCUGGCAUCAUAGAUUCAGGAUGAGCAUCCUUCAUCCUUCGCGUACGAUCGACAUCGGAAAGAGUAGAAGAAAUGAGAAGGGUAGAGGAGCGAUGCUACCCUCAGCCACCAAUCCCACGAAAAAUCGGAACCGGUCUUCUAUUUUUCAAAUCGAAGUGGAGAUAGAAGUGAUUAGCGGCUUUAUUUUGCCUUUCGGCUGGAGUCAGAUUCCACCAGCCCCACCACGCCCCUUUUCCCUCUCUAAGCCACUCCAUUACCCUUCGCACUGCCGAGACCAAGGAGACGGAACGGCAGGCCUCUUUUCGCCUCCAAAUUUUUGGAUCCAUCCAUGGGCACCUCUGUUGGAUUUUUUGGGAGGCAGAGAUCCGUGCACGAGAUCCUCGGGGGAGGAAUCGUUGCAGAUGUGAUGCUGUGGAGGAGGAGAGACAUAACGGUGGGGAUACUGCUUGGAACCCUGGCCGCUUGGGUGGUCUUCGAGAGAUCUGGAUAUACUCUGCUGUCGUUUGCUUCAAAUGUUCUGCUGCUCUUGAUUUCCGUUCUCUUUGUAUGGGCGAAAGCAGCAACAAUUCUUAACAGGCCUCCUCCACCAAUACCAGCGAUGCAUCUAUCAGAAGAAGCCAUAAAUGAAGUGGCAGUUUUUGUGCAUUCUCUUUCAGAUAUGGCGUUGUCAACUUUUCAUAGGAUUGCACUUGGAAAGGACUUGAAGCUUUUCUACAGAGUAGCAAUAUGCUUAUUGUUGAUAUCCAUUAUUGGCAGUUUGACUGAUUUUCUUACUCUGGGUUACACAAGCCUUGUCAUCAUCCUAACCAUCCCUGCACUGUAUGAGAAGUAUGAAGAUUGCAUUGACAGAUACGUGCAAUGGGCUUACACAGAGUUGCUGAUGUAUGAGAGAGUAUAUGCCAAGUAUUUUAGCAAAGCUAAGAAUUGGAUCCUGGAGAAAAAGAAACUACUCUAAUGGUGUUUAUUAUAGGUGUGAUUGGGGAAUUCUGUCUCCUGUUUUCCUGUUGGCCCAUGUUACUUUCAGAGGUUCGAGUGCUUUAUGUGGCAGUAUGAGUGAUAUGUUCGGUUGGGAGGAUUUUGAAGAACUUAUUUUCUCAGGUUUGAGAGCAAGUUUUAUUCAUCAACUUAAAUGUCUCGAGUGGUGGGGAACGACAAUGACUUUAAGGUAUGGAUUUCAUGAAUUUCUGUACCUUGGACAACCAGAAACUCCAAGUCUGUACUGAUGGAUUUGCGUCUACUGAAGCGUAAAGCGGUGGUAGAAUUUUAUUCAUUGUUUCCAAGCUAUGCAUUUUAGGUCCA